GUAGUACACAGACUCCACUGUACGUACAGUUUACAUAUGCUGAAGUAGUAAUUGGAGAUAGACAAGGAACUUAUGAUGACAUAAAAUGGUAUUUAAGGAAACUAUGUCGCGGUCGCGUUCCUUUUCAUAGUCUUUACGUGGCGUGGACUUCCUCAGUGAUGGAGGGAGUGCUGCUGAAAUGGACCAAUUACUUGACAGGUUGGCAGCCUCGCUGGUUUGUUCUCGACAAUGGAAUUCUUUCUUACUAUAAAUCACAGGAGGAAGUGAACCAUGGAUGCAAGGGGUCCAUUAGAAUGGCUGUCUGUGAUAUCAAUGUCCACUCAACAGACAAAUGUCGGCUAGAUUUGAUUAUUCCUGGAGAGUCACACUUUUAUCUGCGGGCGUCAAAUCCUCAAGAGAGACAGCAGUGGCUUGUGUCGUUAGGAACUGCCAAAGCUUCCCUCACCAAUGGAAGAAUCAAAGACAGUGCAGGAGAAGUUUCCCCAGAUAUCAUAAAAACUAAAAAGUCGGAACUUCGACUGUACUGUGAUCUGUUGAUGCAGCAGGUGCACUCGGUGAAGUCAGUGGCCCAGGGGGGCAACACAAUGGACAUAGAUAAGUUGAAUGAAGCUACAUCACUGCUAGGUGCCACUUGUGAUACAUUUAUUUCUACUUUGGAGGACUGUAUGAAGAUUGCUAAUGCCAGCAUUGCAUACGAUUCUCCACACCAGCACAUCAGUGAUUCCCCAUUCCCUUUGAUAACAUUAAAAACACCACAGAAAAAGGAGUCCAGAUCAUAUUCUGUGUCAGACAAGUAUCCACCUGCAGUUUCCUCAAGGAGACGGACAAUUUCAGACAGUACCCCAGACAAACUCAGCCCUCGAUCCAGAUCAGCCAUAUCUGUGUCACCUCAGUCACAAAUAGAAAAAUCUGAAGAUGUAACUCCAAUAAAUACAGACACUCAUACAAACACAGAACAAAUAUCCAUAGCCACAGAACAAAACUUACAAACAGAAAAUUUAGAUAAUGGUGAUGAAGAGUUCAAAGAUGCCAUUGAUGAAAGAAUUCCAAACUUUUUCUCUGCAAUGAAAUCCAGUUUUAUGGAUUUACAGUUAGAAGCAGAUGGUGGAAUUCCUAUAGAGCAUUUCCUGUCAGCCUGCAGGUGCUUGGUUCCUAUUUUUGACAAGUUAAACAGCACUGCCUUUGCACCAGUGAAAAUGGAUUUUCAGGGAAAUAUAAGAAAAAUACAGCAAAAAUAUUCCACAAAUCCCUCCUCAUUCACAACACUGCAGAAAAUGGUAAUGUCGGAGGUGGAUUGUAAACAGCAUAGAUUAUCCAGCUCUGCUACAGUCGCUCUUCUGUGGAUGAAAAGAGGAUUAGAGUUCAUCAAGGAAUUCCUACAAGAAAUAGUGAACAAUCAACAGGACAUGUCACUGGCUGCAGGAAACGCUUACAGUAAAUCACUGAGGCCUUACCAUGGCUGGGUUGUCAGGGGCGUGUUUGCUGUUGCAGUGAAAGCCUUACCCAGUCGUGAUGUGUUCAUCUCUCUACUAGCAGUCCCUGGAGAGGAAAAUGAGGGGACAGACUUUAUACAUUCCUUGAUGGUAGACAUGGAGAAUUACAUCACUGCUGUUGGAGAAAUCCUGCGCAUUUUAAAUGAUUUCUAUAAGGUGCAUACCCUGGACAAUGAGGAGCCAGUGUAAUCCUGGGCUGCUGUUUUCCUGGACAUUGAGGAGCCAGUAUAAGCCCAGGCUGCUGUUUUCCUUUACAAUGAGGAACAAGUGUAAGCCCGGGCUGCUGUUUUCCUGGACAAUGAGGAGCCAGUGUAAGCCCGGGCUGCUGUUUCCCUGGACAAUGAGGAGCCAGUGUAAGCCCGGGCUGCUGUUUCCCUGGACAAUGAGGAGCCAGUGGGAGCCCAGGCUGCUCCUUUUUUUCUACUUAUCAUUUUUUACAUUUCAAGUAUAUGACAUGUAAAUUAAUGAUUGUAAACUAAUCAGACAAAGUAACUUAUUAUUUCAAUCAAGAUUUUCUUUUUAAAUUAAAAAAAAUAUAUUUGUUCAGGGCACAAUGAACAGUUUAUUGCAAACUCUUAAUUUUGUUGAUUCCAUGAAUCAGUACAAGAAGCCUAACAAAUGCAUAUUGUAUGUAGUCUUGUUUAUUGCUGCCAUUUUUAUUUUGUCAUUUAAAUAAUUAGUCUAUGAAAAGAGAAAUCUCCCUGGGGAACAUGAAAAUAUGAUAGAAGUAAAAGCAGCAUAUUUAUUAAAAACUUGUGCCAUUAGCCAGCUAAACAGCUAAGUAUAUAGUCCUGGAGACACUUAGCCUGUUGAUUUUACUCUGUGGAUGUUCAAAAUGUAUAUUUCAGAUUCAGGAAUAUAGUUCAAAUCCUUAUACUGUUUUGUCAAAUUAUCAUGUGAAUGAAAUGUAAACUUAAUAUUCAUAUUGUAUAACUUAUUAUAGAGGGAAAUUAUUUUAUUUUUAAGUACAAGAAAGUUGGUUUAAUGUGUACAUACUGUCUGGCCCUGUGAGGGAGAACAAUUCCUAUGUAUUGAUUCUGUGUUAAGUUUAUAUAGAAUUUCAUUGCUGUUAAGAUGUAUAGAUUUAGUUUAAUUUAUUUUGAAUGAUAAUUGAUUUGUAUUUUUGGUACUGUAUGCUAAACAGUGCAAUAUUGGUUAUACAAUUAAAGGUACAAUAUAAAUUCA